AUGAAUUCGUGAGGCCUUUUUGUUUGUGCAGAAAGGUUUUUUGUGCAAAGUUUAUUUUUUUAAUUGUUAGCAAAUGCAACUUAGCAAUAAUUUUAAUAUUUACUUAGUUCUAAUGAUUCCUGUGCUCAAGGUUGUUGAUGUCAGUUUAAUAUUGAAAGUGAGCUGAUAACAGCGUAUUGAGUUCUUUCUCAAAAACGUAUCCGCCAAAAAUGUCAAACACUUCCGGCAAAAAAAUUGGCGGUAGUGCCCAAAACAGACUUGAAAAUCUGCGGAAAAUGUUAAAAGAGGAAGCUAAAAAAAAAGCAGAAGAAAAUGAUUCAACCCGAUCUAGAAAAGUUAAAUUUAAGGAAAAGGACAAAAAAGCGAAAAAUGUGCAGCAAAACAUAAAAAUCAUGCAAACUCUGGAGUUGUUAGAGAAAUCUCAAGAAGGUAGUCCAAAAAAAAAAGUAUCCAAUGAAAACAAAGUUGAUACCGAAACCCCAAAACCUGCAAAAAAGAAACGCAUUGUAGAAAAAGAUGAUUUCAAAUGUGUGAGUGGCUCUCAAAAUAGUUCGGCAGCAUUGUCUAGGAAAAGAAAGGCGAAAAUACACCUGUCAAAACAAUCUCUAAAUACAAAAUCUGAUGCAUGUAAUUUCAAAAUCUCACGCACGCCAUCACCAUGUAAAAAACGGUUGGUUCCAAGAUUUCAGGAAGAAGCAUCAGUUAGAAUAAAAGAGAAAUAUGAUAUGAAAAAAUGUCCUACGUCUAGUCAAAAAAUGGCAACAAAUGAAAAAUCCAACGUGAGAUUAAACAUAAACCAACAACCUGAAGCUACUUUUGAAAAGUCUAAGAAUUAUUCAACAGAGCAAUUUAAAAAGACAACUCCUGUUGAGUCAUGUUCAAAUUUAAACAUUUGCAAAAAACCUAAAAGUCCUACAAAAGCGCUUCGGGAAACCGCAAUACCUGACAAUAUGCCUAAGCAAGAAAAAGGGAAAAUUGUAACAACUACAGGAAAAAGCAAUUUAUACAAGAGAAAACAUACGUAUGACACCUCUGGUGACGCAUCUCAAGAGAAAAAGAUGAAUACGUUUACCAAAUAUUAUAGUAAUUUACAGGAAAAAAUUACUAGUUCAUUUAAAACACUGGUCAACUGGGCGAAUCCGAAGGAGAACAUUGCCUGUUCAACUUCCAGUAAUAUAGACAAAAAUUAUAACCAAAUGAUUGAUCUGGAGAAACCUUUAAUUUUACACUUACAAAAUGUUAGAAAUUUAGUGAACUCAAAUGAUUCUGAAGAAAUGGAUUGGGAAAUAUCAUUUGCCAGUGAUUCCACUGUAAACUUUGAGACGCUCAAAACGAAUGUUUAUGUGGUUGUGGACACAAAUGUGUUUUUAUCGGCUAUAGGACUAAUUCAAAAAAUUGGAAAUGUUAAAAUUCAAGGUAAAAAUAUAGUGAUAUUUGUACCCUGGCAAGUGUUGAAAGAACUUGAUUACUUGAAGAAAGAUAAAUCUAUUGUCUCUUACAAUGCUAGAACUGCUAUAACAUACCUUUUCAAUGCGUUCUCUGCAUCAGACCCGGGUAUAUUAGGGCAAACAUUGCAAAGUGCAAAUUCAACAUUUCCUGGUUUUGAAGUUGAAGUGGCAGACGACCACUUGAUCAAGUGUUGCCUGCAGUUAAAAUGUGAAAAUCAAAAUGUCAUGUUAUUGACUAAUGAUAAAAAUCUUGCUGUGAAAUCUUUGGUACAUGGUGUUUGUGUUAUGAAUGCUAAACAGCUUACUGAAGUGAUUAAAAUACACAGCUCUUCAGCUCCAGAAGAAAUUUUAGAUCAAACACAUCCAAUUGAAAAACAACCUGAAAUUGGUUGUGUACAAAGACCAUUUAUCUUAAAAAUGUUCGUGCUUGCAAAUAUUUUCAAGGAAUUCUUAUCUAUGGUUAUUGAAAAAUAUUUAAAAGAUAAAUAUGGUGAUAUUUGGACCUGGUAUUUACCCCAAAAAUUACCUUUGGGUAUUAUACAACUUCUUAAGAAGGUCAGAGACAUGUCAAAUUUCUUUCCCCAAGAUAUAAGCAGGCAGAUUAGCCUUAAUUCGACAUCAAUUGAAAAUAUUCUGCAUAAGCAUGAUAACGAUUUGUGGUUUUCUGUUUACGAAAGUGAACAAUUUGGAAAAUUUUGCUACAAGCUAAUAACUUCUUUUUCAUUUGGUUUUAAAGAUGAAGUCAAUGAAUAUGACAGGCGAACUGCCUUUUACAAAUGUAAAAACCCAGCAGGCCCUGAACCAGACAGCACAUAUCGACUUGAAUGUUGCAAAACUGCCAUGAGACAUUUUGACCUUUUCCAUGAUAAAUUGACGCUUUAUUGUUGCUGGUUGUCAAAUGUGAUAAGAGUGCCAUUCAUACCGACCAAUCAACCGUCUUCCUUACAAUGCGUAGAAAAUUUCACGAUAGAAGAAAGAAGUGUGCAUAAAAAUUACGUCUCCCAACUUAUACAUUCUCUAAAGAGUAUUUCUGAAGUUCCUAUACAGAAUGUGACAGAAGAAACCAAAGGCGUACGAGAAGUAUAUGCAAUUCUUGCAAAAUACGGAGGUGCAAACUGCGAAGAAGACUUUUCAUUUGAAGAUGUUUUGGAAUUUGCCAAAGACGAAAGUGUCAGGGUGAAGUUUCCCAUGGCCUUAGACUUACUGUCUAAAUUACUGAUCCUUCUGUGAUUUAAAAAAAAAAUGCUAAAAAUUUAUAAAAGUCAAGAAGUUUUAUACAUUUUUUUACUUGAUAGCGCCUUAAUUAAUAAGGUUAAUGAAAGUUAUUUAAGUCGCUGAACUGAAUUUACCACAGUUAUGUAUUUUUCCAACGGUGACAAAGUUUCCAUUGAUUUUUGUAAUGUAAAACUUAAGUAAAGAACUGUGAUACCUUUUUUCUUACAGUGAA